AUGCUUCGCUCCACAGUGUGUAACUGUGAUCUGGCACGAUCUGGUUUCUUCCAGAAGAAGGGUGAGUACAUCUGUACGGCAGACUACCAGCGUCUGUACGGCACGCGCUGCGACCGCUGCGACAGCUUCAUCACAGGAGAGGUGGUCUCUGCUCUGGGACGAACCUACCACCCCAAGUGCUUUGUCUGCAGCCUCUGCAGUAAACCCUUUCCGAUUGGAGACAGGGUGACAUUCAGUGGAAAGGACUGCGUGUGCCAGCAGUGCUCCCACACACUUGUCAAGUCAAAUGAACCCAUCAAGAUCCACGGGCCCAGCCACUGUGCUGGAUGUGGAGCAGAGAUCAAGCAGGGUCAGUCGCUGCUGGCGUUGGAGAAACAGUGGCAUGUCAGCUGCUUCAGAUGCAAAACCUGCAACAUGGUCCUCACAGGAGAGUACAUCAGCAAGGAUGGAGUGCCGUACUGCGAGGCAGAUUACCACGCCCAGUACGGGGUGAAAUGUGAGACCUGCAACAGAUACAUCAGUGGACGGGUUCUGGAGGAAGGGGAAGCGGUGAUGGGGCGAGACCCCGCCCCAGCCAUCAUCCCCGCCGUGACACAUGCAGGAGGGAAACAUUACCAUCCGUCCUGCGCUCGAUGCGCCCGCUGUAACAUGAUGUUCAAAGAAGGGGAGGAAAUGUACCUGACAGGGUGUGAGGUGUGGCACCCUUUAUGCAAGCAGGCAGCCAGGGCAGAGAGGAGGCUCAGGCACCGACGCCUUUCAGAGACCUCCAUCUCUCCUCCGGGAUCCUCAAUUGGCUCUCCGAGUAGAGUUAUAUGUGCCAGAGUGGAGAAUGAGAUCCUAGAUUAUAAGGAUUUAGCUGCCCUGCCAAAGAUCAAGGCCAUUUAUGAGGUCCAGCAGCCCGACCUCAUAUCCUCCUCAUACCAGCCGUACCACAGAUACACCUCUGAUGACAGGCUAGACUAUUACAGCUAUGGGGAGUCACUUGGGACUCUCUCACCAUAUUCUCAGGACUAUGACAGUCUGGAUACAAAGCAGCUCCGCUGCUCUAGUCCAGGUUAUAUCGACUCCCCAACACUUAGUCGUCAAGGCAUGUCUCCCAUCAUGCCUCGCUCUCCUCAGCACUUUGGCUAUCCUGGCUCUGAGAGUGGCAGGAGUUCACCUUAUUACAGCCAAGAGGGGCGUUCAAGCACACCCACCACAAACCAGCCCCCUAAACAUUUUCAUGUACCAGCCACAGGGGACCCCAACAUCUACAGGAAGCCUCCCAUCUAUAAGAGAACGGACAAUCAUAUGGAAGCAGCCACCAAAAGCAGGACCAGUGAGGACAUCCUCAGAUCCUCCAGACUGUCCACCUUCACUCCGGAGCCAUAUGCACAGUCGGAGUCUGACUACUACCCGUACGCCAGCUCCCCCAGGGCCUAUCGGGUGCCAAGAAGACGCUUCUCGACGGGAGGAGAUGAAGAGUGUUGGAGUCAGAGUCUUCAAAGAAUUGGGAGUGGCAUCGGGAGGAUGAUCCUAAAGGAGGAGAUGAAAGCCAGAUCUGGUUCCUAUGACAACGACCCCUGGGGCAGUGCUCGGAAUUCUCGUUGCGGGAGCAAGGAAACGCUGAACACAACCGGCUACGGCACCACGGUGUACAACAACACCAUCAACGGCUGUAAGGAUCCACCCCGCCCCCCCUCAUUCGUCUGCAAGUCCGCGAACACCUCAUUCCUGCCGAGCCCCUCCAAACCUCCGCGGUCUCAGUUCAGCACUGAUAGUGAUUUUGUUUGUAAAUCAGCCUCACUUCCAGGAUAUGGACGCAACGGCAUCCAGAGGCCUCAGAGUGCAGAUUGCUACCAGUACCAGUAUGACAGUGGCAGUGAGGUCAACUGGGGAAGCAGAGCUGAAUACACGAUUUACCCCUACGAGUCACUCAUCAUCACCACCAGGGGGCGCAACAGGCUGCCAAAAGACGUGGACAGAGCCAGACUGGAACGCCACUUGUCCCCAGAGGAGUUUGUCCAGGUGUUCGGAAUGACCGUGGAGGACUUUGACCGGCUGGCUUUAUGGAAGAGGAACGAGCUGAAGAAACAGGCCCGACUGUUUUAAUACCAUACAGACGCGUGUGAAAUUGCCAUAAGCAAAGCCACUUGCUGGCUAUUCGAAGGAUGACAGGAGCACUUCUUCUCAGAUACACUGCCAUGCCUGAGAGCCUGUUCUGGAUCUCCUCGCCUGACAAAGCUAAUUCCUGUCACCAAAGUGGACAUCUGGAGUAAGACGGAAGUCCGCGGAGGUAUAUUAACGGGGCCACGUGGAGGGUGGUGGCCCGCGCAGCUCUGGCUGGAGUGGAGUGUAAGCAAUAGAGACUGUCAUACUGUAGUGUCGUGAGUCAUGAGCGCGCCUCCAGAAGGGCCCAAGAGAGUGUCUGUGACCAGAGCUGCAGUACCUAAACACAAUGAGGAGAAUUUUGGCUUUGCCUUAUUUGUUAUGCUCUCUUAGUUAUGACUUUGCAGCACCAGCAAUCCAAUGGAGUAGAAUGUAGAUACAGUAUAUCAUUUAUGACACUUUACCAGUGUGAAUGAUUAGAAAAACGAGAAUGAGUGUGAGCUUACGACAUCAAUAUCCUUUGGUUUUGGAUGAAUUUGUCAAUGUAUUCUGAUUU